AUGGUCCUCCAAGUGAAAAGCAAUACUGCAAUGUACAACGUCCCCAGAUACGGAGACAUACCCAACAUCUUCUUCGGUACCGCCUCCUUCCCACCUACUAUCAUCGACCAGACAUUAACAGCAGACAUAGCGGACCUACUAGGCACAAGCAAAAGUGGCGAGAAGAACCCAAUAGUUGGAUCCUGGUUUCGCAUUGAGAAAGGACCUGAAUCUACGCCUCCGACAUACUCGUAUGACGAGGUUGGGGUGGUCAUUGAGGGGGAAAUCAAUCUCCGUGAUGAAACUGGACAGACCGUUACAGUGAGUUAUGGGUUGGCGUGGAAGUGUGGGGGUCGUGAGAUGGCGAAGCUUUGA